AUGAAAUCUCGUAGACAAGAGUUGAAGUUGCCACUAGCCAGAAAACGGUGCGUCGGAUUCACAACCAUGGAAACUUUGGGACGUGAGAAGUUACCGAAAGCCGAGGACGGUGAAUUGGAAUUAGGAGGAAUGGGUAAAAGAUCUCUCCAUAAAGGAAGAAGGCUGGAACAUAGGAUUCUCAAAGAACAUGUAAGACAGGUAUGGGAGAUUGGGAGAAGCUUUAGAGAGAGAUCAAUGGAGUUGUUGCUUGGAAUUAAGCAACCAUACCAACGCCAACUCUCCACUAAAGAGAUAAUAUCAAGUAGCCUAGAGCUAAGAUACAAAUAUGAAGAAUUCGAUGAUUUGCUUUUGACCAAAGUUCGAGAAAUAGUAUCACGAUCCCAUUGCAAAGAUAUCGACAUAGAACUUGAUUGGUGUCCUCGGUCAAACAAUUUCACAUAUCGAAGUAUCAAAUUUAUUGGGCUAAGUAAUAUGUUUGAAAGAUCAGACUUGGGCCAAGCAGAUUUUGGAGUUGGCUCGCAAUUUUCUGAAAUGGGCCAAGAGAUACAAUGUUGUGAGCCCAAAAUUAUGUCGUGCGCCGCCGACAACACCACCAGACGAGGUGCAAGAGAUGGUCCACGAGCCGUAGCUCCUGCCAUCAACGAGGUCUGGUGUGUGGAAUGUUCUAGGAGCUCAUGGGCGUGUCUAGAUCCGGCGUUGCCUUCUUCUCUUUGGUGA